AUGACCGACUCCAGUCCUGCUGCUCUUGGUUUCUCAAAGUUUGUUCCUCCCAAGGAUGUCGAGACCCACAAGGAUAUCCAGUACUGCUCGCAGGGCCAUGUUCGGCAACGCUUGGACCUGUAUCUGCCGAAGCCCGAGUCCCGCAGACCCGGGAGGAUCCCGCUCAUCAUUUACAUCCACGGUGGCGCGUUCAUGUUUGGUUCCAAAGAGUCAACUCUGCUCCCGGGCCGACUACUCUCCAAGGGAACUGCCAUUGCCUCACUGGACUAUCGCCUGAGUGGUGAUGCCAUCUUCCCCGCCUCCGUGGAGGACUGCAAGUCUGCCGUGCGUUGGUUGCGGGCUCAUGCCUCCGAGUAUGAUCUCGACGCGCAUCGCAUCAUUGCGUGGGGAGAGUCAGCCGGUGCUCACCAAGCCUCCAUGCUGGGUGUCACAUGCGCCAGCGCCAAGGGGGACGAGUUCGAUGUUGGUGACCAUCUCGACACCUCGAGCGCCGUCUCUGGUGUGGUUGCCUACUAUGGUCCGACGGAUUUCCUGCAGAUGGACAGCCAAGCUCCCAAGGACGGCAAGAGUAUGCUGCACGAUCCUGUCGACAGCCCCGAGUCCAAAUACAUCGGCGGCGCCAUACAGGAGAUCCCAGACAAAGUGGCCCGCGCCAAUCCUAUCUCUUACAUUUCCGACGACGAGAAGCCGCCGCCCUUUUUCCUCGCUCACGGGACGAAUGAUCACGUAGUGCCACUGUUACAGAGUGUAUUGCUGCAAGAAGCACUGAAGGGAGUCGGUGUGCCAGUGACCUUGCACGAAGUGGAGGGGGCUGAUCAUGUCUUCCUCGGGGCGUCAAAGGAUCAGAUGAACGCUCUAGACGCUGCGACGGAUGAGUUCCUAGCCUCAAUCUUCGGCUGAGUAAGUCUAGAUAUAUGAGUCGACCAUGAAGCCUGCAUGAAGGCGAUUUUUAAAUUUCAAGAAAAUGGCAACGGCUCUUGUAACUUAUGUUAGUCUUGGCUAUGUCACUUAAUAAUAACCCGUACUGCC